GAGUCUGACGAACACGAGAAAGAGAAAAUAGAAAAAUAUGCUGAAGAAAACUUUGGUCUUUUACAAUGUACGAACCUUUAUGCUGAAAGAGAAAAUGUUGAAGCUGUUAUGAAACUGAUGAGAUCUGGUCCAAAGAAGUCUAGGCCUAACCCACCAGGUCUCCGAGCUGAAUCCACAGUAGCAGGUGAAUGGUCUGUCGAAGAAAUGUCCAAACUUCUGUUUGAGGAGUCAAAAGAAUUAUAUGACUUGUGUGCUAGGACAUUUGACGACGUUUCCGAAACUGUAGGGGAACACUACCCGGAAUUGCAGAGGGAAACGAGGCCUGAGAAGCGUUUUAUAUUCCUCACAAUGGGCAUUAUUGCAGCUGCUUCAGCUGCUCUUGCAGGAUAGGAGAACUAAACCAACUUAACGUUAUUGUUGAGUUGUUCUUUGUUCACAUUACUUGUUUAUGAGUAGAAUAUUAAAACUUUAUUGAAAUAAA